GUGUAAAUGCUAGCUGAAUUUUAACGUGCCACUUUGCACACAGUCUUCAGCCAUGUGCUUAGAAAUUUUACACUGAGCUAUAUAGCUUGAGUUAACGUAGAUAGACUACAGCAUCUAUCAGUGUAGGCAGGCUAAUUGACCGGGGCACAAAACUCGACGUAACACCGGCUCUGUGGGAGAUGCCCACCGUGGAGGGUAGGUGGCAGUGGCCGUUGGGAUCUUUGGGGGAUAAUCCCGGUAAUGUUGAUGCCACUCAGGCUACGCUAAACGACAAACGUCUUGCCUCCAGAUAAGCAGCGGUUACAGAAGUGGCGUGCCCCGCCCCUACGUGCGCCCCUAAGGCAGGCAGGCAGCACACCCACCGUACCGAGCAAGCCCGGCCAUCGGUAACGGAGAAGAUGGCAGAGCGGCAACAACAGAAACACGAAGGCAGGGUAAAGAUCGGCCACUACAUCCUUGGCGACACGCUUGGAGUGGGAACAUUCGGGAAAGUGAAGAUUGGCGAGCAUCAGUUGACAGGUCACAAAGUGGCUGUGAAGAUCCUAAACAGGCAGAAGAUCCGCAGUCUUGAUGUUGUCGGGAAGAUUAAACGGGAGAUCCAGAAUCUCAAACUGUUCAGACACCCACACAUCAUCAAGCUGUACCAGGUGAUAAGCACACCCACAGAUUUCUUCAUGGUCAUGGAGUACGUGUCUGGAGGUGAGCUGUUUGACUACAUCUGCAAACAUGGACGGGUGGAGGACACAGAAGCUCGUCGUCUUUUCCAGCAGAUUAUCUCAGCUGUCGACUACUGCCACAGGCAUAUGGUCGUCCACAGAGAUCUCAAACCUGAGAAUGUCCUGCUGGAUGCCAACAAAAACGCCAAGAUAGCCGACUUCGGUCUGUCGAACAUGAUGUCAGAUGGGGAGUUCCUCCGGACAAGCUGUGGCUCACCCAACUAUGCUGCUCCCGAGGUCAUCUCAGGAAGGCUCUAUGCAGGCCCAGAGGUGGACAUCUGGAGCUGUGGGGUGAUCCUGUAUGCCCUGCUGUGUGGCACUCUGCCCUUUGAUGAUGAGCAUGUCCCCACGCUGUUUAAGAAGAUCAGAGGAGGUGUCUUCUACAUCCCUGAGUAUCUGACUCGCUCUGUAGCCUCACUGCUUAUGCUCAUGCUGCAGGUGGACCCUCUGAAGAGAGCCACCAUCAAAGACAUCAGGGAGCACGAGUGGUUUAAGCAGGACCUGCCAGGCUACCUGUUCCCUGAGGACCCCUCGUACGAUGCCACAGUACUGGAUGAGGAGGCCGUCAGGGAAGUUUGUGAGAAGUUUGAGUGCACUGAGUCUGAGGUUGUGUCCAGCCUUUUCAGUGGGGAUCCACAGGAUCAGUUAGCAGUAGCCUACCACCUCAUAAUAGACAACCGGCGCAUCAUGACCCAAGCCAGUGAGUUCUACUUGGCCUCCAGUCCUCCCCAGGGCUCCUUCAUAGAAGAGGGUAUGCCGCUGCCCCCAGGGGUCAAACCCCACCCUGAGAGGAUGCCUCCACUCCUGGCUGACAGCCCCAAGUCUCGCUGUCCUCUGGAUGCUCUCAACACCACCAGGCCCAAACCUCUGGCAGUGAAGAAGGCCAAGUGGCAUCUCGGUAUCAGGAGUCAGAGCAGACCUUAUGAUAUCAUGGCUGAAGUCUACCGGGCUAUGAGACAACUUAACUUUGACUGGAAGGUGGUGAACCCGUACCAUCUGCGAGUGCGCAGGAAGAAUCCAGUGACAGGAAACCUGGUGAAAAUGAGCCUGCAGCUGUACCAGGUGGACAACAGAUCCUACCUCCUCGACUUCAAGAGCAUUGAUGAUGACAUCAUCGAGGCGGUGGGCUUUAAAUCGGGUUCAUCCACUCCUCAGAGGUCGGGCUCCACAGCUGGUCUCCACAGACCCAGACUGAGCAUUGACUCUGCGAGCCCAGCAAUCGAUCUGCCCCAGCUGAGCUCCUCUCUCCCGGGAUCCCUGUCUGGUAGCUCCCCUCAGCUCACACCACGUCAGGGAUCACACACCAUGGAUUUCUUUGAAAUGUGUGCCAGUCUGAUCACCACACUGGCACGCUGACACCUGUCCACUCCUAACCCUCACCAUAGCCUGGAUGUCAGUGGGGUUUUUUUUAAAGCCAGUUGCUGAUAUGGGAUGUAUGGAGUGUGGAUGUUUGAAGUGACUUCCUCUUUAUGUCUCCUCUUCAUCUCCAGUUGUAUUGCAAAGGAAGGAUUAAUGGAGAUGUGAAAAGCAAUGCUUGUGCCCUCAGAUUAAGGAGGCAUAGAGAGGAAGCCUUUUUUUUCAGAAAGGCAGAUUAAUAUCUUCUUUGCUCUUGUUUUGUUGGUCCUGGGGUUAGAGAUGUGGGUUUAAAACAUCAGGCCUCAACUUGUGAAAACUGAUCCAGCGACUGGAAUCUGUGAACUGGUGGAGGCCAGCAAAGGUUCACUGUCACUCCUCUUACAAAUACCUUCAAUCUAUUAUGAAAUGCUGAAAUGUCACACCCCCCCCCCCAACAUAACACUUAAUGGCGGGAUCUCCUGUUGAGCUUCACACAGACAGUGAUCAGAGGUCAGUUUUGCCUCUCGUCUUGGCACUAGUUGUUAAAAUUGACAUUAAAUCUGUGUCUGAGGGAACGUGUAAUUUGAUUUCAGGUUUUAUAUGGUUUGUAAAGACACAGCUUUUGUUAUUCAUGUAUAUUAUAUUUAUAUUACAAUAAUUUAGGUAGCUGAGAAGGUUGAUAAAGGUAUACCAAAUAACAGACUUUAUACACGAUAAAGAUUAUUAUUAUUUAGAUAUCAGAUCCAUAUUUAUUUUUGUGAGAUUGUUUCCUAGGCACUGUACUUAUAUUAUUUAAGCACUACAUCAACAGAGUUUUAUCCUAAUUUUGAACAGAGUGUAGAAGAUUAAUGAACUAGAGAGACAGCAGGAUAGUAGGAUGAGAACACUCAGCAUGGAUCUGAUUGUAUCCUGCAUUUACGCACCAUUUCACAUGAGUUUUCACUACCCCCAUAUCACAUGCAAUGGACUAUUACCAUGUAGUUUAAAGAUAUUUUGCCUAUAUCUACUAUUUUUACCCCACACAAACUUAAUUUUAUACUUUCAGUGACUGUCAAAAAUAUGCAACACACAGACUCCCUCGGUUAAGUAACUUAAUAUGCUGCUCACCCAUGCAUGUACAGAAUGUAAUUUAAAAAAAUAAAGAAGGCCAGAGAUAUCUGCAAAAGGACAGAAACCAUGUGCUGUUUGUAGAGGAGAGUGUGGGGAUUUCUAGGGCUACAAUUAUUAACUAUUCAUUUUUAUUCAUAUUUUUAGGAAUUGUUCCCAUAAGCCUAUAAAAUGUGAAACAGUGGAAAGUUUCCAUCAGAAAUUAGUGUCUGCUCCCUGAUCUGAGGUCUUGAAUUUGACUUUCUUUGACCAACCGUAAAACAACACACACAUAUCACAGUUAAAUAUUUACACUUAUAUUAAAGAAACAAACAUCAAGAAUUUUUUUUUACUUGACAAAUUAAAUCUAAAUUGCUACUAAUCAUAUAAGAGGACUGAGAAGAAUGACCUCAGACUUAUCGUCAUUAAAUUUAUGUACAUUUUGUGAGGUUAGUUGUGAAAUGUGUGCGCAAUGUGUGUGCAAGGCUGCUAGGAUCUGAUGUGAUUUAUGUAUAGCUCAGUAUUAAUGGCAUAAAAAUAGUACAGUGCAUCAUGAUUCUGGAUCGCCUGGGCAAUAGGCAGCAUGUGUGUGGAGAAUUGAACCGAGCCCCAAGGGACACCACAACUCAAAGAAGUAGAAUUUCCUAGGGUGACAGAGGAAGCUCUGUUGGUGAUGUUUGAAUGAAGUAAGCUAAAAGCCAACCUGUCUCUAAGGGAUGUAGGAGGAUGCUGUGGUCGACUGCAUUGGGUUCAGCAUAUAAGUCCAAAAGAAUUAAGGUAUUGAGGUAUCGCCUCUGUCUGCGACCAACAAAAGGUCUUGAGUAGUCUUUAGUCUUUAGUAACCAGUAAUGUUAGCAGGUAGAAACAAGCAGGUAAAUCAAGUAUGUGUCCAUCCUCUAAGAUGACAGAUUCAUGUGAUAUGGUGUGUAUCUGCUGCAGGACAGUAUAAGCCACAGAAACCUCCAGCUGCCUUAAAGAAUGUGAGUUAUUAUUCUGUGCACACGUUCAUGGAGUGUGUGCAUGAUCUAGUGUGUGUAAUGGAGACUGGAGACAGGGUUAAGUGUGUCACAUGACUAUCAUGUUUUCUUGCUGACUUGAGGCUGGUUUGUUAGGAGGACAGUUUUCUGUUGAGCGUUCCUAGUUUGUUCAGUCUGCACUUUAAAGCUGUUUGCAGAUUCACAAACUUUGCUGUACUGUGGUUUCUGGUCCUACAUUUUGAUGAGUGUUCUGCAUUUUCCUGUCAGAUUGUAUCAUAGUUGGGUUGUGUAUCGUUGUUGUUAUGCAAUAUUUUGUCUAAAUCUUUUUGUGACUGAAUGUAAAGCGAAAGCCGGUGCUACUUAGAUGAAUCCUCCCAUCUGUUUUUCUUUCAGUUUGUCCUCUCUGCGUUUUUGUUUUCAUGGAGAACAUUGAACACUUGCCUUUCUACUGGUUUCAUUAAAACACAGUGGAUGGAGGCGUAGUACAUACUCUUUAGACUGGUAUCACAUACAGGAGACCACAAAAUGGCCACUAUUUAAUAUAGUCAAUAGUCUCAUUAUUAUUACAUUGUUAGUUUCAGAUGCUUGAAGGGCAGUGGGGUGGGGAUUAGUGAUUAAACUGUUAAAAAACUGUGAGGUGAAAUAAAAUGCAAAUUUAUCGUUUUUUCUUAUUUUAUGGCAUUAGCAUAAAAUAAGUGUGAUGAGAUAACAUUUCAUCAUAAAGGGCAGAAUGGACAUUUUUGGAAGUUGUUCCCCGAAAACUUUGUUGUACCCACAAUAAUCUGCCGUGGAUUUAGGUUCGUUACUCUACACAGUUGUGUUUGUAGUGGAGUCAUAUUUGCCUUAUGAGAGCAUUGUAAAGAUUGUAGGUUGAAACAGUGAAAGCCACAUUCACUCUGCUGAAGCCCUUUAUUACAUGUAUGCUGUUUUUAUGUCCUGUGUGGGGUUGCCUUCACUGUCUGUGACAGCACAUACUUUGCUGAAUACGGUCUCAUGUCAUGUCUCCCCGCUGCAACACACAUGCAACUGCACACACGGCUUUGUGAACGCUGAUCCAUGUUCUCGAGCCAACCUUCUAUAUUACACGUUAUUGCUGUGUCUUAAACAACUUGUCCUCUGUACAGUGAGCUACUUCGGUCAGGGUUCUGUCUGCAUUAUGCAUAUUUUGCUGCUUGUGACAACAAUAUAAAACACUGAACAAUGAAGUGCACUGUCUUGCAGAGGUCAUAUUUAAAAGCUCCUAACAUAACCAGUAUUUACUGUCAGAUGUAGUACUGUAUCAUUACAGCUGUAUGCAACUACCGGUGGCAUGUUUGUCAUGUAAACUCUAAUCUGUGUUCAGAGUUGGGAAACACAUGCCAGAGGGCCUAAAUACAGACUUUCUGUGUCGUACCAAAGUGAGUCUUUUCAACAGCAAAGCUGUGCUCUUUCUGUAUCUGUGGUGGGGUUCUGUUGUUUGGUGUAACCUUAAAUAACCCCGUGUGUGUCGUAUGUGUGUGAUGUGUGUGUGUGUGUCCACAGUGCUUAUUGUGAGAGAAUGUGUAUAAGGGUGUGUUUCUGCGCAUGUGUGAAUGUGUGUGUGUGUGUGUGUUUGUCUCUCUGUCUGAUUGGGGUUUGGAUUUCUCUCAUUAUGCACUGCAUGAUAUUGCUGUUAUGAUUUGCACUUUAAUGAGUAUUUAUUGAAAAACAAUAAACAAACAUAUAAAAGGAAAA